CCCUUACCCGAGUCCGAAACAUGUCUCCACCAUGCCUUCCGGCCGCCUACGUCGCCGCCGUACUGCUACCGCUCGUCGGUGGCGCACUCCACGAUGCCGCGGGAAGCCGAGAGUCGAUGGCGCACUCGACGACGACGGGGACGCUUCUCGGGAACCAGAACCUGAGAGGAAGGAGGAGGAUGCUGAGGUUGCGGGGCGCGGGGUGUUGGGGUGGCUCAGGCUAGAUGGGGUUGGGAUGGGCAUCCUGAGCAUCGCCGCGCCUGCUGUGCUCGCGCUCGCCGCCGACCCCAUCGCCGCGCUCGUCGACACCGCCUUCGUCGGACAUCUAGGCUCAGCCGAACUUGCUGCUGUUGGUGUAUCGAUUUCGGUCUUUAAUUUGGUGUCGAAGUUGUUUAAUGUUCCACUGCUUAAUGUGACAACAUCCUUUGUUGCUGAGCAGCAGGCAAUCGAUAUUGAUUAUGGAGGACCAGGGAAAAAUAAGUUGGCUGGACAAAGGAAGUCUCUUCCAGCGGUUACAACAUCAUUGGCUCUAGCUGCUGGUAUUGGGUUGAUGGAAACCGUGGCACUUGUUUUUGGAUCUGGGACACUGAUGGACAUUAUCGGUAUACCCAUGGAUUCUCCAGUGCGAAUACCAGCAGAGCAAUUUCUUACUUUUAGGGCAUAUGGUGCUCCACCUAUCAUAGUAGCACUUGCAGCACAGGGUGCAUUUCGUGGGUUGAUGGAUACAAAGACUCCUUUGUAUGCUAUUGGUGUAGGUAACCUAGUAAAUGCAAUACUUGAUGCCAUACUUGUUUUUCCGCUUGGUCUAGGAGUAAGAGGUGCUGCCCUGGCAACUGUCACCUCUGAGUACUUGAUAGCUUGCAUCCUACUCUGGAAGUUGAAUAGAAAAGUAGUACUCUUCUCAGGAAACAUCAUUGGUGGGGGAGUACUCCGAUAUCUGAAAUCAGGUGGAUUGCUGAUUGGUAGAACUGUCGCAGUACUCCUCACCAUGACACUGUCAACAUCCCUCGUUGCAAGGGAAGGACCUGUUCCAAUGGCUGGUCAUCAGUUAUGCUUGCAAGUAUGGUUAACAAUCUCUCUACUCAAUGAUGCACUAGCUCUUGCUGGACAGGCUCUACUUGCAACUGAAUAUACGAAAAGGAAUUACAAGCAGGCCCGCAUGGUUCUAUACAGAGUUCUGCAGAUUGGAGGCGUGAGUGGUAUGGCAUUGGCUGGGAUCCUAUACUUUGGAUUUGGGUCUUUCUCCUUGCUGUUCACUGAUGAUCCAGCAGUUCUGGACAUUGCCAAAUCCGGAGUCUGGUUUGUCGCCAUUUCUCAGCCAAUAAAUGCCAUUGCUUUUGUGGUCGAUGGGCUGUACUACGGUGUAUCGGACUUCGCAUAUGCCGCGUACUCCAUGUUCUUCGCAGGAGCAGUCUCAUCUGCAUUCCUACUUGUGGUCGCUCCUGAGUUCGGCCUCGGGGGCGUCUGGGCUGGUCUCGUUCUUUUCAUGAGUUUGCGGGCAGUUGCGGGGUUGUGGAGGUUAGGGAGCAAAGGUGGACCCUGGAAUUUGAUCUUCUCAGAUACUGAGUUACAUGACACAGUGUGACCCUAGAUAGAUGGAUAAGAAAGAAGAUGGAGACAGAAAAAUAACCAUUGAUUUUCUUGUACAGUCAAAAGCAAUUACAUGUAUAUAUAGAUCUAGUGGAAGUUGCAAAUUCAUUUCCUCUCUAG